AAAUUUGUUGGCUUUUAGGUUGGCGGUUCGUCAGUUUUCCCCGAACAUGGAUCACGACGAAGGCUCUAACGAGGCUGAACGUGAAAUGGACGAUAUAUCCGCACCGUCGCCGUAUCCCUACGUAGCUGCCAGGCGCACUCGCAAGUCCCAUCAUGAACCUGUUCACUCGAACACCGUCACCACACUCGAACCGGCAGUAACCAUUGUCCGCGGCGAGGCCGACGGAACCACUACAUAUUACAAAAUCAUUUCCACCACCACACCGGGCGCUUCCGCUUUGGCUGGCCAUAGUGAAACAGCCGGUGGGGAGUCUAUGCUGGGAAAAGUGCAGUUAAUAAACGGCUCGUUGCACUUUCCCAACGGCACCGUGGUGGUUCCCUCUACGCAGCCGGGAGAAAUCUUGAACAACUCGGAUUUUGGAAAUAUGGCCAAUGCCAACCUGCUUUCGACGCAGCCGACUAUGGUUUCCGUUAGCAUUCCUGGAGGUGCUGGUGCCGGUCGCUACCGGUCAAUUACCAUUCCCGACUUGAACAGUAAACAGCGCAAAUCACCGGCAUUACCAUCUAGGGACGAACGCCGUCGCCAAACACACAACGAAGUGGAGAGGCGUCGUCGGGAUAAAAUCAACCAGUGGAUAUCGAAACUGCAGGCGAUUGUGCCGAACGCUGCUGGAGAUAAUAGUAAACAUUCUCAGAGCAAAGGUGUCGUGCUUUCCAAAGCGGUGGAUUAUAUUUCCCUUCUCCAUGAACAGCUGGCGCAGAUGCGUUCCGCCAAGGAUAACUCGCAGAAACUCCAUCUCCUGGCAAUUGAGAACGAGGUGUACAAAAAGCAGGCGGAUGUCCUGAAGAACUACAUUCACGAGAAAGGCUUGGAACUGCCUCCCAAUAUGCCGACAGCGGCACUCAACGCCCUGCAGGAACUGCAACAGGGCACGGCGAUCCUCAUUGCGCAACAGACUCGCCCGCCCAGCAAGUGAUUGACAGAAUUCUCGCACUUUCUUUGUACCGAUGUGUUUUCGUACGGUUUUUCAAUUUUCCUCGCAACACUGAAUGCGUAGCGGCGGUUGCGGUUUUUAUAGAGUAUUCCAAUAUGGGCUCCCGAUUGAAAUGUAUGUUGCUUGUUAAUAUGGCGCUAUUUAUUGCUGAUCGGAAGUGGCCAGUGGUGGAAUUAGCUUUUUUGGCUAGCUUGCGUGUAUCUCAAACUCGGUCGCAUGAGUGGGUGAUCUUUGUUUUAUCGUUUAAUGGAUGUUAUCGUUUCAUUUUGUUAGUUUCUUUCGCACAAGGGAGUAUAAACCACUCAGAAUCAAAUAAAGUCGUGAUUCCGCAGCU